AUGGCGGAUCUGGUUCAAUUGGAUUAUGAAGGCAAAAGUGUGGGAUUGACACCAAUGAAUCUUAGCAAAACAACAAUUGCUCGAUUUUUUAGGGUGCAUGAAGACGGUUUGCACCUGAAAAUCGUGAAAAACGGCAAGUGCGAAAAUGUAUGGCCGCUAUCGAACGGCAAGUUUUUAUUGCCAACGGGAAGAAAAAAUGCACAUGUGGUUGCCUUUCCUGCUGAAGAUCAAGAUUUACAAGAGGAUGAUGAUGGUGAUUUUCAGGGAACAUUUGGUGCUCGGUACGUAUGCACGUCCUUUUGUGUUUGCGAUUUAUUUUUUUCUUCAAUGUUUUAUUUCGGUACUUUAUAAAGAGGGAAAUAUUUUAAAAGCGCGAUUUACAUUUCACUUUCUUAUUUUUAUAAUCAUAAGAGCAACCUCGCAUCCAAUUCCUCGCCCAUCAAUUAGUGGCCGCAGCCGAGUUCUUAGCCCACCAGUAACUAGUGCUGGGUUUGGGAAACGACCAGCCCCUGGUUUCUCGUUUAUCAAGUCUAAGAAGAAGAAACAGAUGAACUUGGUGAAGGACUUCACGUUUUCUUCUCUGGAUGAAGAAGGACAAAUGGUCAUGCUACUUCCCAUCUCGAUCAACCUAACUGAACUCCUCGAAAGGUUCGGGCAACUGUCGGUCUCUAUUGUCUGCAGUGCUAUUGAGCAGGAACUUCGAGACCAAGGAGAAGUCGUGAGACUUGUAGUUCUUGACGCUCGGGGGCAGCCGAUUAUGGAUUCCUCCCAUACAAGAAGUAAGCUGUUAUAUUCUGUUUAUUCAUUCUUCGUUCCUGCGAUCCUAUCAAGUUUUUGUUUUUCGGAAAAAGAAACCGUAGGCAUUUUCGUACUACUUGCCUGCAAUGAUUCAGUCAGUUCCAAGCACCAUUACCCCCGAAAUUUUUCAAGCACUCGUCAGCAGGAUAUGUGAGUUUACAGCAGAGUGGGAUGUGUACCCAGGAGAGGGUAUUCGUGUUGUUAAAUUUCAUAUUUUGCAUUUCCUUGAAAAGGGAAAUAUAUAUGGUAUAGUAAACAAAGAGUACAUGUAGAGAUGCUUAGUUCAAAGAGAAAUAUUUGACAAUUCUAAACUUCAGGUUUUAUUAUAUUUUUGUCACCUUUAUGGCUUCGUUCAUUUAUGACACAGGUUUGCCAUGGAGCUUCUUAGAAGAAUCAAACCUUUCACAGAAAACGUUGUGUUUCAUUGUUGCCCGGGUGGUGCAAGAAGACACACUGGUAUUCUUGUAAGGCCCAUAUAUAUAUAUAUAUAUAUAUAUUUUUUUUUUUUUUUUUUUUUUAACCUGCUUGCUCCCCACCCCAUGUUUACAGCUUCCUUUAGAAAAAAAACGACAAAUACCUGAUUUUAACGUAAUACUUCACCAUAUUUUACUUCCCAGAAGAGGAAUUUUGGGCAUCACAACGAACAUUUAGAGCCAUGUCCCAACAAACUUUUCGAAAAUGGAAGCCAGGGGUGUGGGCUGCAUCGAGUACAGGACUCUACACUCUGGAGGAUGAGGAGGUGCCAGAGGAGACAUUGGUGGACCACCAACAUUUUUCCUUGGAACCCACUGUAAGUUUCUUUUAAAGAUGUCUAGUCACAGAAACCUCCAGUUUUUCAUUACGUAGUUCAUUACAGCAAUUUUUCCAAGUCAAGAGCUUUAUGUUAAUUGGUCUUGGUUAUCAGGUUUACAAACACUAGAUGCUGCUGGGAAAAUUAUAAAAUUAAACGAGACUUACCUGCAAGGUGAAGUUUAAUUUAGAUUCUACCUUGUCACCAUGGCAGUGAGAUAAGUUAGAAUCUGCUUGCUAGUCCGGCUAGUGAUAAGAUAAGCCUUGCUAUUCAAGACCAAAACUGAGGCCUGUAUGGGCAAGGCACUGCACCAAGAUACCUUGCAACUCCUAGAAAAAGAUAUUAGACCUGACAUAACUCCACCAAUAAUGAUUACAGUAAAAAGGAAACAGUUCAGUCAGGUACUGCUGGGUUGGAUGAAAACUAAUUUUAUUUGUUACUCAUUGACUUUUUGAAACAAAAACUGAUUUCACAAAGUAAGUUGAAGCUUAUUUCAACGCUGAAUUUCAACCUGUGACUUUAUAAUCCUUAGGCUCUCUUUCAUGCGUUUAGAUGCAUUUACUAACAUUCUAUCAAGUCUACGCUAAAAUUAUUAAAUGAGAAAUACACUGAAAUUUAAAAGGAAAAAAUACAACAUUCUCUUUUUGAUCAUUACUUUUUAAAGAUACACCACUAAUAACUGACACUUUGUGUUCACGGGCUCGAAAAAAGGACACAUUUGCAGAAAUUAAAGAAAUGUUUAAAGAAAUAAAAGAUACCCUUGAAGUAAAUAAGGAGAAGAAAAGGGUGAAAGAGAUUAUUAAGUGUGUUAUCUGCCAGUCCACUUGUACCUCAUCAUUAUUUUUUUGUGUACCUGGGUGUGGCCAAUUAAUUAGUUGCUUUUACUGUGCCUCCCGUUUACAAGAUUGCCCCCUAUGUAGGGUUAGUCUCCCAGUCUCCCAGUAG